UAUAUAUAUAAUAUUUAUUAUUAUUUUUUAUUAUAUUAUUUAUUUAUUUUUUUAUUAUAUUAUGUUGAAAUUAAUGUUCUUUUAUGGGAAGUAAACGAAAUAAAUACAAAUAUAAUAUAUGAAAUAUAGAGAAAAAAUACAUGAUUGAAAUCUUAUAUAUGUGAUAAAGAGAUCUUAUAUUUUUAUUUACAAUAAAAGAUAUUUUUUGUUACAUUUAAUUAUAUUUUUUGAUAAUAAUGCACUGGUACAAUCGCUUAUGUUAUGUUAAACAGAUGAAUGCACUAAUAAUAUUGUGAGUCUUGUAUUAACAAUCUGACAUGCAAUGUUUAAAUAAUAAAUCAUUCUUAGCCCGUCGUGAUAUGUAUUCAGCUGUAUUAUACAUGUGUGUCCACAUUACUUGAUAAUAGAACGCGCUUAAAGAAGAGUCGUAUAAAAGCUGUAUUACAAUAUUAUGUGGCGCCAAUUAAUUACAUUAAAAUCGCGAUGCAGUUCGCGACGCAAGUGAUUUUAUUAUAUCUAUCAGUUGCGUUUUGUGAUGAAUCAGAAAAUAUAUUUUGGCCAGAUUUAUACGAGGUCAUAGAACCUCCUCUCUAUUACACCGAUAAAUUAUUGCAAUAUAAAGAUGCAAAUUAUAAUAAUGCGCCAAAUGUUCCGCAUUACAUCGAUACGCAGUUGCAAAAUCAGAGAGAUGAAGAUUACCUUCAGAAGGAUGCGCCGAAAAUUCCGUAUUACCCCAACACUCAAUCGAAAUACACAGAAAAUACGCCACUUACUCCAUUUGAAGAUCGGAAAGAUAAUCCGCAUAAUCUCUCAUUUCGGCAUCGCCAAAAGUGGAGGAAAUCUCCUGUUGCCGGAUUGGAUAAUUUGAGACCUAUCGAUGAGAGAUCCUGUCUGAACGACGUGCUUCGCGCGAAUUCUUCACUAUCGAGUCCCGUCGAGUGCGCUCGCACCUGUCGGAAAGGUGACCGCAGGAUCUGCUAUUACAAUUUUGUUGUGGAGUAUUAUCCAAUUAACGGAAUGGCAUGCAAAUUGUGCGUCCCCAAUGCGAUCAAUGCUUUCUGCAGCAAUUGUCAAUGCGUACUUGCUGAUGGUGUUGAACGUUCGGCGCAGAUCGUAAAUAGACAACUGCCAGGACCGGCUAUCGAAGUAUGCGAAGGUGAUCACGUAGUGAUCGAUGUGUCAAAUCACAUGUUCGGUUCCGAGAUGACGAUUCACUGGCAUGGACUAUAUCAAAAAGAAUUUCAAUACUACGAUGGUGUGCCGCAUGUAACGCAGUGUCCUAUUGAGAGUGAUACUACAUUUAGGUAUCAAUGGGGUGCAAACAAUGCGGGAACACAUUUCUGGCAUGCACACAGCGGUUUGCAAAAGAUGGACGGUGUUUUCGGUAGACUCAUUGUACGUCAAACUCCCGAACGCGAUCCUCACAGUCAUUUAUACGAUUACGAUCUCUCGACUCAUGUUUUAAUCAUUAGUGAUUGGAUGCACGACCCAUCCGUGAAUCGUUUUCCCGGCAAACGUUUCAAUCAGACCGGCCAAAAUCCAGACUCGUUACUCAUUAAUGGCAAAGGAAAAUACACGGAUAAAAAUACCGGAAUUACUACAAACACUACAUUGGAAGUAAUAUAUGUGGAACCUGGUAAACGAUAUCGUGUGCGUAUAAUUAACGCAUUUUGCACAGUUUGCCCUGGUAUGAUCACCAUACAGGAUCAUAACUUGACCGUUAUUGCUACGGAUGGUCGAGAUAUCAAACCAAAAACGGUAGAUUCUAUCACAUCAUUCGCAGGUGAACGUUACGAUAUAGUUUUGGACGCCAACAAACCCAUCGCCUCUUAUUGGAUACAACUUCGUGGUAUGGGAGUAUGCGCGUCUCUUGGUAUACAACAAUUAGCUAUCUUGCGUUAUAAAGAUGCACCGAGUAAAUCACUAUUGCCUUCUCCUAGUUACAACGAAGGUCUUCCUCAAGGCGUCGUUUUAAAUCCAUUAAAUGCUAGUUGCGAAGUACCGUUGGACGACAAGAUUUGCGUUAGCCAACUAGAUAGUAUAGAGCCGAUAGAUAAACGUAUACUUCAACCGGAACCCGACAUAAAGUUUUAUCUACCUAUUGGUUUUUACCUUUAUACACUGCAGGAACUUUUCCAACCCAAUCAGUACGACAGGUUUUUGUUGGCAGCAGGUACACUCUCUUUAAGCGGUGUAGUCGAUGGCAUAUCGUUUAAAUUUCCACCUUCUCCGCCACUUUCACAGCCUAAGGACAUUCCGAACAAUCAAUACUGUAACAGAACUACUUUACCGGAAAGUUGCGCCAAUGGUGUGUGCACGUGUACGCACAAAGUGGAUAUUCCGCUCAAUUCAGUUGUCGAGAUACUGUUGGUAGAUGAAGUACAAGGGAUCAAUUUGUCUCAUCCAUUCCAUAUGCACGGAUAUACAUUCUACGUGAUGGCUAUGGGCGAAGCCAAUACGAGUAGUAUUAACUGGGAAAUGGUACAGGAAAUGGACAGAAAAAAUCAAGUCAACAGAUGCUUCGAUAAGCCGGUCAAAAAAGAUACCAUUGCGGUUCCAUAUAACGGCUACGUUGUAUUGCGUUUCCUCGCAAAUAAUCCUGGUUACUGGUUGUUCCACUGUCAUUUCAUCUAUCAUCAAACAGUCGGCAUGGAAAUGCUUCUAAAAGUCGGCAACCAGGAGGACAUUCCGCCAGUGCCAAGAAACUUUCCGAAGUGCGGCCAGUAUUCACCGACUAUUGGAUACAACGCGUAUCCUCCGUUCGUCCAAGGCACGCAAAGCCCGCGAUAUCCAUAAUCGCGAUAUAUAUAAGAUAA